UAGACGGUAUAUAGUAAAGAAUUUAUUGCCUAGAUAUUGCUUUAGUAAUGCAUAAAAAGGAUAUCAGGAUCGAAUUACUAAAACUUGAUAUUAGACAGUAUAGAAGACCACAUCUACCACCAACAUCCAGCUCCUCAUACAACAUGUAUAACAGGUGUUUAUACAACGACAAAGAAGGACAAACAACAACAACGUCUACGUAAUAAUCAAAAUGACACGAUGAGAUAUGGCAAAGUCGUUAUACCCAUAUAGUAAUGUUCACAUAUUGCAAAAUAAUAUUUAGUGUUAUAACCUGAAGAAUCCGUGAUUUAAAUGGAUGAAUGAACAGCAGCAAAAAUUGCAGAAGAAGCUAUUGUGACUAAUGACUUAGAAAAAAUAAAGGAUAUUAUAUCCGUGAUAAGCAGUACAAACGAUUUCACAGAAGAGAUUGCGACAGACUUGAUAAGCAAACAACUUUACAAUGCAGUUCAAAAGGCAAGUAUAGAAAUGGUAAAAUUUCUUGUGGAGAAAGGUGCAAAUAUUUAUUACGAAGAUUGCUUCAAGCAGUCUGUUUUGGGCGUAGCAAUUCGCAAAAAUAAUCCUGACAAUGAGAAUAUUAUUAAGUUCUUAUUAGAAAACGGAGCUGAUGUCAAUCACGAAAACAUUAAUGGUCAAUCAGAUUUUAUGUAUUUAAUGGACAGUGAUAAACUAACAUAUAGCUAUUUGUUAGAUGUAGUUGAUAGUGUCAGCAACGUACAUGAGAAAAAUAUCAGAACUGGCGGGAGUUUUCUUCAUAUCACCGGCGAGCGUGUGCAUGAUAAAAACAGAGUUGAUAUGCUGAAUAAACUGUUGAAAAUGGGGUUGGACGUUAAUUGUUUAGACAACAAUGACGAUACACCACUCCAUGUUAUGGAUGGUAUUGCAUGUUAUCGUUCGAUAAUGUUUCUGUUAGCAAAUGGUGCUAACAUUAAAGUGAGAAAUUGAUUAGGUGAAACAGUCUUACAUUAUCUCGCAUGUAGCAACGAAUUUGAUGGCUACUCCGAUUCUCUGAAACUAUUGAUAGACAGCGGGGUUGACAUAAAUGAGUUAGACUAUACAGGGAGAACAUGUGUUCACCAUUCUUUAUUGUCGAAGGAUACAACACCCGAAGCUGUCAAGGAAUUGAUGAAAUACGGUGUAAAAAUUGAUGUGCGAGAUUGUUUAGGACAAAAUGAAAUAUCAUUUGCAGUACAAAAAGUGGACUUAUCAGAAUAUACGGAAGUUUCUGAUUUUGAACGUCGCUGUGAAGUUAUCAAAAUGUUAUCAGGGGAAAGUGUUAAUAUAAACAAUGCUGAUAUGUACGGUAUUACACCACUUCAUCUGUCUACAACCUUUGGUCCAGGUGACCUGGAUAUACUAGUCACAUUGCUUGACAUAGGAGCAGAUGUUACGAGGAAAACAAACAUGGGAGCUACAGCUCUUCACUGGGCAUGUAAAGUUUACAAUAUGGCCCAUGUUUUGAUAUUUACGUACCGACAAAAUGGCUACAAUAUCAAUAUAACAGACAAAUAUGGCUCGACAGCACUCCAUUGGGCUGUUUGGUAUAGAAAUUUACAAGCAUGUCAGAGUUUACUACAGUGUGGCGCCGAUGUAGAUAUUCAAGACAUGGCCGGUAAAACUGCAAUUGACCUGGCAAGAACUUUACACUUUGAUGAUUUUCACAGGUUGUUGACCACAUAUGAUACCAUGGAAUCGCUUGGAAUUCAGGAUCCAGUUAUAGAAUGUAAUGGAGGUGAUCCCAUAUUUUGUUGCCCACUUUUAAAAUACCUAAGAAAAGAAAAUGACAAAGCCAAUGUCGAAGAAUAUAUAGAGCACGUCAACCGUCACAAGACUUCUCUAUGUAAAUCUAUCAAUAUUGUGUUAGGAUCUUCUAACAUGGGCAUGUUUUAUGAAAUUGAGGAAAAUAUCAGUGUCCCAGAGAAAAUUGAUAAUUUGAUGCAAUUGCUUUCCGCCAGAGUGACUGAUAGAAAUAAGUUAUUUCGUUGUGAAUUGCGAUUGGCCGGUAGUUCAUUUGAAGGAACAAAAGUAAGACUUCGAGAUGAAUUCGAUUACCUUUGGUGUUUGAAAGAACUCGGAGAGGCAUUUGUUCCUGUCGAAUCUUCUGCAUAUCCUCAAAGUUUUGUUAAACUUCGACUAAAGGAUGAUCGAAUUCGCUUUCGUUUUUCUCAGUACAUUAACCAUGAAAACUUUCUAGACUGCAAGUUACUUACUCGACAUCUAUAUAUUCUAUUAAACGAAGAGAUUAAGAACAUCCUCAAAGACCAAAAUGAGUUUGUAUGUCAGAAAUUUUUAAAUGAAAUCUCUCAUGGUACUUCCAGUUUGGUGUUUUAUUAUUUCGGAUGCCAAGCAAAGUCAUUUCCAUUAUCAAUAGAUGUCGUACCAACUGUUUGGUUUGAUGGGUGGACUCCUGUAGAAUUUCCUGUGAAACAUUCACACUUGCUACAUCAUAAUUCAAAUGAUCUGAUGUUUUCAGUUGUCUUUAAGACGCCGGACAGGUUUCAUGUGAAAGAUUAUACCACGUUUUAUCGAAUAUCGUAUGCGUACAUUGAACAACGUAUAUUAAAAUCAAUACCAUUGCAUAUUAAAAAGGGAUACAUUAUCCUGAAAUCGCUCUGUGAAACAGGAUAUUUUCCAAAGACCAUCGAUCACGACAAAAACAAAACAAUAGAAAAAUUCAUUACAACUUAUCAUCUUAAAACAUGUUUCUUGCAUGAAUUGGAAAAUGCUAAACGUGGGAACGAUUCAGAUUUGGAGGGUUGUCCGGAAAACGCUAUAGCAAGUUACAAGAUUUCAAUUCAAUGGGCCAAACAGAUUCUUGACCACAUGGGGAAAUGUUUUCAUAAUGGAUCUUUACCCUCAUUUUUCAAUCCGAGUAAGAGUUUAGUGAGUUAUGAAGGAAUGGUUCACGAUGGCAUGAUAGAACAAGACGUAUUCCUGCAACUGAUAUCGUUGUUCGAACAUCUGGUUAAUACUGCUGAGACUGAACUGAUCUGCAGUUGAACAUGCUUUGACAUAUUCUCAGACAAAGAAUUGGUGGAUUUGUUUUGUCAAAUGAUUCAAUUGGAUUUAAAAUUUUCGAUCUUUUGUUUCAA